AUGAAGGCAAAGGAUGGUUUGGAACUGAGCGAGGAGCUGCAGAGAGGCAUCGCAGCAUAUGGGGUUCCAGAACACGAGCUUACGUUCCUCCAGCGGCGCGCCAUUGCUCGGCUGGCGGAGGGGAAGGACGUGGUGGUCCACGCCGGAGGGGGGCGAGGCAAGACCAUCGCCAUGGUGGUGGGCAUCCUCCAGCGAAUAGCGGCGCAGGGCAAGGACUCCGUUCAGGUCCUGCUGGUCCUUCCAACACGCGAGCUGGCGCAGGGGACCGACCACAUCGUCCGGUCGCUGGGUGCCCACAUGGACAUCAGGACGCAGCUCAUAGUCGGAGGGGUCCAACAGGCCAGGAACUACAAGCAAAUGCUGCGCGAGUUGGCCAGCGUUCAGGUCGUGGUCAGCACGCCUGGCCGCAUGUUAGACGCCAUCAUACGCGGUGGCAUGGACCCGGAGCAGGUCCGGAUGCUGGUGUUGGACGAGGCCGACGAGACGAUGUCCCGCGGUUUCGAGGAAGUGGUCGAUGACAUGAUCAAGGUCCUCCCACGCGACAUACAGAUCGCCAUGUUUACGUGCACCAUGCAUCCCGAGUGCACGCGUGUGGCGCAGGAAUACAUGUCCCAGCACGUGAGCGCCGACGAAAAGAAGCCAAAGGCCGACACGCGGUAG